AUGCACCUCCUGCCUGGAGUCUGUGCUCUAUACUUGCUCUCGUUCCUGGACCGCAGCAACGUCGCCAAUGCAAGGCUUGAAGGGCUCACGACCGACUUGGGUAUGACUGGUAACCAAUAUCUGACUGGUUUGACUAUCUUCUUCAUCGGCUACAUUCUGCUCGAGGUGUUGUGGAAUGUUAUCCUCAAGCGCGUGGGGCCGAAGAUCUGGCUGCCUUUGAUCACCUUCGUUUGGGGCAUCGUCGCCACGGCACAAGGUGCUGUCGUGAACAAUGGAGGAGCGAGCGGGAUUGCCGGAUUCUUCGUGGUCCGGUUUAUGCUCGGUGUUACUGAGGGUGGGCUCUUCCCGGGUGUGGUAUUCUACCUUUCGAUGUGGUAUAAACGCUCAGAACGUCAAUUCCGCAUCGCGCUGUUCUUCGCUAUGGCUUCACUGGCUGGUGCGUUUGGGGGUAUUAUGGCGUACGGCAUCGGAUUCAUGCGAGGCGUUGGAGGUCUGUCUGGGUGGCGAUGGAUCUUCAUCCUCGAAGGACUUUUGACCAUCGUCUUCGCCGUGGCGGCUUACUGGUUCAUUGCCGACUGGCCCUCCAAGGCCACCUUCAUCAGCGAGGACGAGCGAUCAUACAUCAACGCCCGUCUCAAGAAUGACAGCGAUGCGACUCAGAACGAAGGCUUCACUUGGGACAACGUCUGGCUGGCCUUCAAGGAUCCCAAGGUGUGGCUCUACAACGCUGUCUUCCACACCCUGAGUCUGCCCCUGUACACCUUGUCGCUCUUCCUUCCGUCGAUCAUCAAGGCUCUUGGAUACAAAGCUUGGGAAGCUCAGCUGCUCACUGUACCACCUUACGCUCUGGCUACCAUCCUCACUGUCGUCUACGCCGUGGUUUCGGAGAAAUACCACAUUCGCGCACCCUUCAUCAUCUUCUCUUCAACCAUUGCAAUCAUCGGCUACGCUAUCCUCCUCGGCAACACCGACCCUCUCGCGAGCCCAGGUGUGAGCUACGUCGGUGUCUUCUUCGCCGCAGCGGGAAUCUACCCAUCCGUGGCCCUCGGACUGAGCUGGCCAGCGAUGAACGUCAGUGGUCAGACAAAGCGUGCUACCGCCAAUGGUCUGCAGAUCACAAUCGGUAAUUUGGGAGCCGUCAUUGGUACGCAGCUGUACCGAUCUACUGAUGGACCGAGAUAUAUUGUCGGCCACAGCGUGGCUAUGGGCUAUCUGGUAGGCAACAUUGCGGUUGUUGCGACUUUGUGGUGGUAUUUGACGAAGAUCAACAACGAGAGGGAUCGCAAGGCCGAGUUGGAGCCGGAGGUGCUUACCGGAGAGUUUAAGGGUGAUGAUGAUCCUCGCUGGAGAUUCAGAGUUUGA